AAGAUACAUCCACUUCAUUCCCAUCGUGUCGCAAGUUCUGUGGAUCUGUUGAAUGGCGGUGGAGGUGGUGGCACACCGACGCUCAAGAGCUACGAACCACGGCGGAGUGACGUUGGAGCCAACUCUGGCGAUGGAACUUCUGGUGGUGGAUCGGAUGAUGCGAUUAAGGAGAAUCAGAGACAACACUUCUCACCGCCUGCCAUGCCUCAAACCGUAGCUGGGAAGAAGAAGCGAGAGUCGAGGAAGAUCGGAACGAAUUCGAAGCAUAAUGAUGAGGAGGACGAGUGUUUUGAAGUUAUCAAUAAUUGUUUAAUGUUGGAGAUGGGAAUUCUGUGCUGGAUCACUUGAAGAACGUGAUGAAUGGAUUCAGGCGAUUGGUGGUGAAAUUGAGAAAUCUCUUGGAAAAGAGGUAGCGAAUGCGAAGACCAACAAUCGAGCGGUGGCGAAUCGUCCGGAUAUUGCGGCACUUCGAUCACUACCUGGAAACGGUCGGUG